GGUCGUCGUCGUCGGAGCCAAAACCUCUCCUAGGGUUCAGGCGGCACAGAGAAGACAAUGGAGAGUCGCUGCAAGUUUUGGAUGCCGAAAAAGAAGAGGUUUUGUGCAAUUCCCCGGCUCUCCAAUUCUGAGUUUUGCGGCAACCACUCUAAGAGGUCCGAUGACACAUGGGUUCCAUGCUCAAUAGAUCCCUCCCACUCUGUGUUGGAAUCCAACCUCCAGACUCACCUUAAACGCUGUCCAUUGCUCAAACAUAAAAACUCGCUCGCCCUCCAACCUUUCUACAAAAAGGGCAUCAAUGGAGGCCAUGACCACCAUGAACCAGACGUCACCUCCGAGUCCAAGAGGAUGGCUGUGCACUCUAUGACUGCACCUCAAUUCAUCAAAUUAAUCGCCAAAAUAAAGUCUGUUCACGCUUCCAUAUGCAACCACAUUCAUGACUCUUUCAACCUCCCGGAAGCUUGUAAGAUUUGGAUUAACCGCUCGAUUGACUGUUUCAGGAAAAUACCAUUUCAAGAAAAGCAUGCUAUCCAGCAGGCAUCCAUCCUUGGAAACUUGGAAAAACUGGGAGCAUUCAAGUCUUCUACUACUGGUUUGUCUGAGGAAGAGCUUUAUUGUAACAAUUCAUCUGCGGAUCCUAGUGAUUCUCCUGCAGUGGUUGAGUUUGGAGCUGGAAGGGGGUACUUGACACAAAUGCUAGCAGACUGUUAUGGGGUUUCAAAAGUCUUCUUGAUUGAGCGCAAGUCAUAUAAACUUAAGGCUGAUCGAAGCUUGCGGCAGAAAGAGAGCUUGAUGUUAGAGCGGUUGCGAAUUGACAUUGAGGAUUUAAAUUUAAAUGCAAUUGGGUCAUUGCAAGGACUUCCAUUUUUAGCAAUUGGAAAACAUCUGUGCGGGCCUGCAACUGAUAUGACCUUAAGAUGUUGUGUUGGGGAACAUGGGAGAGAAAGCAAAGGUGUAGCGGCCACAUCUUACCUGAGAGGAGUUUCUAUAGCAACAUGUUGCCACCAUCUUUGUCAAUGGAAGCAUUAUAUCAAUAGAGGUUUUUUCUCAAGUCUAGGGAUGACAAAAGAUGAGUUCCAUGCAAUUACAUGGUUUACCAGCUGGGCAGUAGAUGCAGAUCAUGGUUCAGAUGAUGGUGUUGAAAAGAGUGAAUCAGAUGAAGCUGUUUUGGGCAAUGAAAAGGUUUUAGGUAUGUUGUCUGCAAAAGAGAGGGGUGUUUUAGGGUUCAUGUGCAAGGAUAUAAUUGAUACAGGGAGGUUAAUGUGGAUGAGGGAAAAUGGACUAGAAUCUGAGCUUGUCAAAUACGUUCCAUCUAACAUCUCUCCUGAAAACCAUUUGCUAAUUGGCAAGUGUGAUUGAUUCAUAUAAUUGUAUUCUUAAUUCAACCAACUAUAUGCUAUCUGCUAUUUGGAAUUCAUUUAUUUGCCUAUUGUAAAUAUUUCAUUUUGGGAUAAUGGUUUUUAUUUAUUGU